CCAGCGUUACACAUUGUGCGCAUUGCGCCCGUGUUGCCCAUUGGGGUGAAGUUUCAUGCGGCGGAGAAGUGCUGCGCAAGAUGAGGCGCCAGAGGCAAAGCUAGAGGCGGAGAGGUGGCGGCAUUUGGCACUGGUUCGCAUCAGUCCAUCCACCAAUUUCAAUCUCCUUUGCACCUGGGCAGCGUUGCUGGUGCUGAUCACCGGCUUGGCAGAGUGCUCUUCCAGCACAGCCUAUGGCAAAUUCGGCAACGAGAGCCUCUUCUCUGUACCCCCUCGAGUUGGUUGGUGGCUGAUGGAGUUACCUGUCACCAUCUCCUUCCUCUACUCCUUCUUCUACCUUCCAGGGCCUCAAAAACAAGCCCUGGCGCCACGCAUUUGUGCAGCAGUUAUGUGUUUGCACUACAGCUACCGUGGCUGGAUCUAUCCUUACUUGCUCCGACCGCACCCGGGUGCUCGCAGCAACUUCUCGCUGAUGCCGGCGCUGGGUGGCUGGCUGGUGACCAUCACACAUGGAUACCUCAAUGGGAGGUGGUUUGCAGAGUUCGGGCUUCAUUUGGGCAGAAAGAAAUGGCUCUCGGAUGUGCGCUUCCUUCUGGGCCUCCUCCUCUACUUCUCUGGCUUUAUCGCAUUGGUCUACCACGACUACCUGAUGCGUGAAUUGCGCUCCAGUCCAGGUCCCCGAUAUAGAAUACCCCAUGGCGGCCUGUUCGACUACGCUACGCAAGCAGUCUAUUUCUGCGAGUUGUGGACCUGGCUGGGUUUUUUCCUGAUGAGCUGGGGGCCCAAUGGCCUCUUCAUCUUCUUGGUCUCCUGCGCCAAUCUCAUUCCGAGGAGCGUGGCCUCGCAUCAGUGGUAUGUGAAGACCUUUGGACAGGAGUACGAACAGCUUCAGCGAGCUUUCUUAGUGCCUUUCAUUUGGUGAGAUGAUGGUCUUGGCGAGCCGCUCCAAAAGAGGUCCUUGUGUUGGCGCUUUGCCAUGGCAAAUAAUUAGCAGGCUUUGGGUGCCUGUCUCAGGAAGGGCCAUUCCCAAGCUCGAAAGCCCACCUUUUGGAAGUACCAAGCCGCUGACCACGCCUCUACCCAUCCUGCCAGGCCACCUUGCCGAUGGUUCCAUCG